UCUGGUCCCGAUGAAUGGGGGGAACCCCUUGGCUGCUGGGAAAACCUGCUUUUUGGGGAUGACCUUGGGGAUGCCGUGGCCGAGCUUUGCCUGCCAGCUUCGGCUUUCUUCCCCGGGUUCUCUCCGCCCGUUCCCGGCCCUUCCUCGCGUCCCAAGGACACAUUCCCGAGCACCCGCGCGGACGGCCUCAGGAUGGCUGCUGCCGCUGCUGACGUGGGAGAGAGGGAGGGCCCGCCACCCGGGACCGAGAGGCGGCUCCCCGAGCCACGGACCUGGGCGUGGGAUGGCCUCGGAGCGAGGCAGCUGCAGGGGAGCUCCUUCAGCCAUUCUUUUUACCCAUCAAUUCCAGCGGCUGCCUUGCUCUCGAUAAUUAACCCCCAGAAUCACUGCUGUAAGGCUGUAACAGAGAAAAUGACUGCUGGUUCAGUUUGUGUUCCUCAGAUUAUCCCAUUAAGGGUCCCUCGUCCAGGAAAAAACAAACAUGAAAUAAACACCAAUACACUUGUAGAAAUGAAAUCAGACACUCUGGGUGUCAACAUAUAUUACACUUUGGAUGGCAGUAAACCUGAAUUAUUAAAGAGAAGAGGAUAUGGUGAAAAUAGCACUUUUAAGUAUACAGGACCAAUCACUCUUCCUGAUGGGAAAAUCCAGGUUAAAGCUAUGGCAGUCUCAAGAGACUCCAGGGAAAGUGGCAUCGUAACAAAGAUAUUUCAGGUAGACUAUGAGCCACCAAGUGUAACUUCUUCUCAAGAAGAAAAUGAUGAAAAUAUUCUCAAAAGCUUUGAAAAGCAGGAACUGAAAAAUGAAGUUUUUACAUCAAAGCUUGAAGAAAGAGAUAUAAAUAUUGAAAAUAAACCUGGUUAUAAUGCUGAAAUUAAAUAUCAAGAAAAUUCAAUGGAAACCCCAUUUUGCCAAGAAGAACCAAUUUUUACACAAUCCAGUUAUCAGUCCCAGUUUACUAAUUCAUCAUGCAUGAAUGGCCAGAAAAGGCUGACCAGUGCCCAGGUCCUGAGAAUUAACAGAGCAACAAACUUUUUCAAGUGUACAAAUUGUUUAACUACUCGCCCAUGUGACCCAUUCACUCUUUUCUGUCAAGAAUGUGGCACUCCUGUUCCACCUAUGUUGGGUCAACACCAUCUACCUCCAGAAGGAGCACAGAUGGAGAUGUGCCUCGAAUGCAGAACCAUGGUACCAGUGAACACUCCUUUAUGUAUUGUAUGUGAGGCCCCUUUUGCUCCACAGCUACAGCCCCAGGCCAACAUUCAUUUAAAGGGGAAGGGAAUCUGCCAGUAUUGUGGAACUGGAAAUCCUGCUCCCUUUAAGCACUGUGUGACCUGUGAGAGUCGCCUGCCUGAAAUAUGUGUGCCAAUAUUCAAUGGAGAAGUAACUUCACCUCUUAUCAGUCAGAAGACAACAACCAUUUCCUGUUCAAAAUGUGGCCGCAGGAAUCGUUGUGAUGCACGUUUUUGUGACUGGUGUGGAGCUAAGCCUACCGUUCCAGCCUGCUAUUCCAUUUGCACUAAAUGCAGAGCCAGCAAUUACCCAGAUGCCCGAUACUGCGGCUCUUGUGGUGAUUAUGUGGAGCCCUUCACAAGCAUAAAAACUGGUAAUAGCGUGAUCUUUAAUGCUAGAGAAAUGGACACUCUUUCUGAGCCUCAGUUAGCAUGGCUACAUGCUCCCAUGUCGAAAUGUAAUAUGCCAGCAAAGAAGGACAAAGGCACGCAAACCGUUGGCCUGUUUUACCCAUCGAGCAAGUUUUUGGGGAAAAAAGAAAUGGAUCUUGUUUCUCAAAAAGAAAGGCAGGAGAAAAUGAAUGAUCACAGGCCUCUGCUCACAGCCAUCAGCCCUGGAAGAGGAUAUUGGAGGAAACAGCUGGAUCACAUCUUUGCUCAUCUCAGAAGUUAUGCCCUGAACAACCCUAACUUUAGGGCUUUAAUUGGAGAACCAAGGAUGGGAAAGCUUCUCUCGGCUACAAUCCAUGAAGAUGCUUAUGCAGUCAGCAUCAGGCUGAAUUACAUGCAAAUCACAAAGAAUAUUUACACCAACAAACCAGUAAAUUAUGACAAGCAUUUUCCAAGCACAACAGAAGGUCGAAAUGGACAUUAUGGAAGCCAAUUCUAUGCAGUAAAUGAAAACAACCAAAACACCUCAGAUUCUACGAGGGACAUAAAGAAUAAAAAGAAGAUAAGACCAUUUCAAGGAAAGGAAGACCUGCUUUCACCUGAAAGUAGACACCUUCUGAAGGAAAUAAGUCUAAAAGGAGAUGGAAGAAUCUUUGUGGUUGAACAAAUGCUUGAUGACGGAGCUGAUCCCAACUGCACCAAUAAUGAAGACAGGCCUUCUUUAACUCUGGCUGUUUUAAAUAAGCGCCAUGAAGCAAUACCAGUUCUUCUGCAGAAAGGUGCAAAUAUUGAUCACCAGUCAGGACCGUUGGCAAGAUGCAGACUGCCUGCUUGGAGUUUUCCAAGGGUUUGUGUUCUAUGUCAUCCCUACCAGAAUGAAUCUAUCUACACCUGAUAGAAACUGCUAAGGAGAAAUAUGUGUCCACCAAUGAAAAUGAAGACAUUUAACAGCAGCCUACAUACUUACUGAAUCACAGUUUCCUCUAGAAAAAGUAAAGCAGAAACUUGAGACUGUUUGUUAGAGGACUUGAAAAGAUGACAGGGAGAGGUGAGCAUUUGCAUAAAGUGCAUAGAAAGUAGUCUCUGUUCUUAAAUUUUUACCAUAUUCCUCUCUGUUCUUUCCCAUAUUCUUUUGUUUAAUUGAAUAUAUAUUUUUUCAUUAAUUGGUGAUGUUUUCUAAGAAGGAAUUUGCCUUGAUCCACUAUGAUUAUUAGAUUCUGAAUAUAAAGUUUUGGUUGUCUCUCUCACUGAG